AUGUCGCAUCUGGUCGGUCCCGUCUGGAGUGGCCAACGGCCACUUCUUCUACGCGACCCACGGACGACGGACUGGAAACUGUCCGGAAACUUCGCCUUCCUCUCUGCUCUCCUAGUAGGUUACGUGUACGUCGUCAAAGUCGCCGGUCCCCGCUUCAUGAAGGGACGUCAGCCCUUCCACGGACUCAAGCCCGUUAUCUUGGCCUACAAUGCCUCUAUGGUAGUGCUCAACAUCUUCUUCGUGUACCAGUUAUCGCGAAGGUCCUACUUGGGCGGUGGAUACAGCUGGUUCUGUCAAGGGCUCGACUACAGUACGCAGCAGCACCACUUGGAAAUCAUCCACCUCAUCUGGUGGUUCACGUGGUUAAGAGUGGCGGACUUUCUGGAUACCGUGUUCUUCGUCCUGCGCAAGAAGGAUUCGCACGUCUCCUUCCUUCACGUGGUGCACCAUGUCCUGGUUGUCUUCAACUGCUGGUUCGGCAUCACGUACGGCAGUGACGGACACAUUCUGCUGGCGGUGAUCAUGAACAGCUGCGUUCACAUAAUCAUGUACUCUUAUUACUUUCUGUCGCUGCUCGGCCCGUCCGUGCAGAAGUACCUUUGGUGGAAGAAAUAUCUGACCGGAUUGCAGAUCACGCAGUUCAUAGCCAUGCUACUGCAUAAUAUGAUACCCAUAUUUGUGCCGUGUAAUUAUCCCCUGUCGCAUGUUCUACUGGUGGCGCCGCAGACGAUCUUCUUCAUGGUGAUGUUCACGAGGUUCUACACCAAGACGUACAGGAUUGCGAGGCGCAUGAGCAGAAUGCUGAGUUUUGGGUCGAAAGAAUCGUGAAUCCGCGAAUCGGAACAGUACAGCGCUGAAAGUUUCUUCAAAAAGUUACUUUGUGCGAAGACACUUCGUAAAUAUAUCACGGCUAGCAAGUUUUCUUCCAUUAAGUAAGUUCGUUCGCACCUACACCAAAGAGUUCUUGUUAUCAGGCAUAUCAUUGCAUGGGUCACGCGCGCGUAUAACAUUAGAUGUAAGGUCGUAACAUCAGUCUCAACAGUACUAAGUUAUCUACAAC